UGAAAAUCUGAAGGGCCCAUAGAAAUAGUCACAAGGAAGUGACUGCGGACAGACUUGCACCUGACCCUGGGCAGGGAUAUAAAGGCCCCAGGCUCAGGAGGUUCCACACCUGCACACUUCCUCUCCACCUGCUCCUCUGACCUACUCCAUCCUCAACCAAACUCCAGAACCAUGACCUGCUGUGGCUGUUCAGGAGGCUGUGGCUGCAGCUGUGGGGGCUGUGGCUCCAGCUGUUGCAAGCCUGUGUGCUGCUGUGUGCCUGUCUGCUCCUGCUCCAGCUGUGGUGGCUGCAAGGGAGGCUGUGGCUCCUGUGGGGGCUGCAAGGGAGGCUGUGGCUCCUGUGGAGGCUGCAAGGGAGGCUGUGGUUCCUGUGGGGGCUGCAAGGGAGGCUGUGGCUCUUGUGGGGGCUGCAAGGGAGGUUGUGGCUCCUGUGGGUGCUGCAAGGGAGGCUGUAGCUCCUGUGGGGGCUGCAAAUCUAGCUGCUGCCAAUCCAGCUGUUGCAAGCCCUGCUGUUGCCAAUCCUGCUGCUGCAAGCCCUGCUGCUGCGAAUCCUGCUGUUGCAAGCCCUGCUGCUGCCAGUCCAGCUGCUGCAAGCCCUGCUGCUGCCAGUCCAGCUGCUGCAAGCCCUGCUGCUGCCAAUCCUGCUGCUGCAAGCCCUGCUGCUGCGAAUCCUGCUGUUGCAAGCCCUGCUGCUGCCAGUCCAGCUGCUGCAAGCCCUGCUGCUGCCAAUCCUGCUGUUGCAAGCCCUGCUGCUGUCAGUCCAGCUGCUGCAAGCCCUGCUGCUGCCAGUCCAGCUGCUGUGCCCCCGUGUGCUGCCAGUGUAAGAUCUAAACCUCUGACCUUAGGCCUUCAGUUUUCUCAGUGCUCCAUGCCAUACCUAAUGUUCCUGGAUUACUUCCUCUCCACACACUCUCCUCCUGAUACUUGUAAUUCAUCUCCACCUUUCACCCACGUCCUAAUCUCUUUCCCUAGUACAACCCUCCAGCUAUGUCUUAUCUCCACCCUCCCUCUGGAAUAACAUAUUUUAUAAGCCCUGGAAAUGGCCCCAUGUAAAGGGGCCAUCUGAUGGCCACAGGGUGUCGCUGUCUGCCCCUUUGAGGAUGCUGAGAUCCAGCGUUCGACCCACACACAGUCUGUGCUUCUGACGGGUGAGAUACUGUUUUCAGUGGGUUCUUAACCUUCCAGACCCUGAGUCUUCCAAGCCACUUGCUUUUCCCCCAUGACAUUUUCUAAGGACUUCCUGUUGCCUUCUAUGUCACCUGCUUAAAUAAAUAAAGUGAUAAACA